AUGUUGACUACCGUCAAGGCCGGGGCGGUCACUGCCGAUGAAGUCGAGGUCUUUCUCAUUAGCUUCAAGAACCGCGACAGGAACUCACGACAUGAUAUGCUGCUGAGCUCCGCGGUAGCGUCUUCUGAACUUUUGACUUUUGCGUCCAGCGGAGAAGCCGUUCGAUUCUGCGCAAAUCUCAGUACUGGCGAGGAAAGACAUCAUCCAACCCAAGUCUGCGAUGAGAACCACGCCUCCACGUCCCGCAAUCUCCUGCCCUGCCUGUCGUCCGCGACCAGUCCCACGACAGCGCUCACGAAUGAAGAAGAAGUGUUGGAAACGGUGGAAAACAAGGUGAAUCAUUUCCAAGCUAAGACUAUCUAG